UAUAUACCGUUGCUUAUCAGUUGGGAUACUGUUAUAUUAUUUAUUUCUUUCAACUGAGAGACUAAGGUCUCUUGAGGCAUCAUUUGCUCUUUCAGUGCAAUUAAUAGUAAUAUGGAGAAACAGAAUGAGGGAAGUGAUUCUUUGUUGAGAAAAAAAGAUGCAGCUUUAUUUGCUUGGCCAUGGGAGAACUUGGGCAAUUAUAAGUAUUUGUCAUAUGGACCAUUUCUUGCAAAAGUCAUAUAUUCUAUGUAUUGGAAAGAGAACAUAGAGGAGGAUAUUUGGUGCUUGCAUAUUCUUAUCUUGUGUGCUUUGAGAGGCCUUGUUCAUCAGCUAUGGAGUACUUAUAGCAAUAUGUUAUAUCUAGUUCGAACACGACGAGUGUCUCAAGAAGGCAUAGGUUUUGAGCAGAUUGAUAAUGAAUGGCAUUGGGACAAUUUCCUUAUCCUUCAAGCGAUUGUGGGAUCGUUCGCCUACUUGAACUUCCCUUCACUGGCAAAUCUUCCACUAUGGGAUGUAAGAGGCUUUAUUUCUUGUCUCAUACUCCAUAUUGGGAUCUCAGAACCACUGUACUAUUGGAUGCACAAAAUAUUGCAUUCUCCUCAUCUGUUUCCGCUAUACCACUGGCAACACCAUGAGUCUAAAAUUACACACCCCUUUACUGCUGGGCAUGCAACAUUCCUGGAACAUCUUUUGCUUUGUGUGGUUGUAGGAAUUCCAACCCUGGGCAUUGCAUUUAUUGGUUACGGAUCAAUAAUCGUUAUGUACAGUUAUAUUCUGGCAUUUGAUUUCUUAAGAUGUUUGGGACACAGCAACGUCGAAAUCUUUCCUCAUGGUUUCUAUCAGCGUGUUCCACUACUUAGAUAUAUUAUUUACUGCCCAACAUACCACAGUCUACACCAUCAGGAUAUGAAGACUAAUUUCUGCCUCUUCAUGCCUCUCUAUGAUUUUUUGGGAAAUACUUUAAAUACCGAUUCUUGGAACCUUCAGAAAGAAAUAAGUUCAAGGACAAGUACAGAUGAAAGGGCACCAGAUUUUGUGUUUCUAGCACAUAUUGUUGAUAUUAUGUCAUCAAUGCAUACCCCGUUUUUGUUCCGGUCAUUCAGCUCAGUGCCUUUCUCUACAAGGCUCUUCUUGUUACCGUUAUGGCCUUUUGCCUUUUUGGUCGUGCUUAGUAUGUGGCUGAAGUCCAAGGUUCUUUUGAUCAGCUUUUACAACAUACGAGGGAAACUGAACCAAUCUUGGGUUGUGCCCAGGGCUGGUUUUCAGUAUUUCUUACCCUUUGCUGCAGAAGGCAUAAAUAAUCUCAUUGAAGAAGCUAUUCUUAGAGCUGAUAAACUCGGCGUCAAGGUCAUAAGCCUUGCUGCAUUAAACAAGAAUGAAGCUCUAAAUGGCGGUGGAACACUCUUUGUCAACAAGCAUCCUAAUCUCAAAGUCCGAGUAGUCCAUGGGAACACCUUGACAGCUGCUGUGAUCUUAAAUGAGAUUCCUCGAUAUGUGAAUGAGGUCUUUUUAACAGGUGCUACUUCUAAGCUUGGGAGAGCCAUUGCACUCUAUCUUGCUCGUCGAAGAGUCAGAGUUCUGAUGCUGACUCAGUCCACUGAGAGGUUCAUGAAAAUACAAAGAGAAGCUCCUGCUGAUUGCCAGAAGUUUCUGGUUCAAGUGACAAAGUACCAAGGGGCUAAACACUGUAAGACGUGGAUACUCGGCAAAUGGGCUACUCCUCGAGAGCAGAGCUGGGCUCCAUCUGGAACUCAUUUUUAUCAGUUUGUGGUUCCUCCUGUCAUUCCCUUUCGCAGAGACUGUACCUAUGGAAAAUUAGCAGCAAUGAGACUUCCAAAAGAUGUCACUGGCUUAGGAACUUGUGAGUAUACAAUGGGAAGAGGCGUAGUUCAUGCUUGUCACGCGGGUGGGCUAGUGCAUCUUCUUGAAGGUUGGACACACCAUGAGGUUGGAGCCAUCGACGUUGAUCGGAUUGAUGUUGUGUGGGAGGCUGCAUUAAAGCAUGGUUUGAAACCCUUGUAUAAUUCAAGAUAGUGGAACCAUUUAUCUGUUGUUCUUCAGAAAACACUCCUUAAUAACAUAAAAGGUUUGGAGCUGUAGCAAAGUCCAUAGAUAUAAGGUCUUCCAAAGAUUCUUUCACAAGUCACUACUUCCUUAUAUGUAGAAUCUAUUUGUAUUCAAACCAAAACUGUAAGCUGAAUAAAGAAAAUAAACUAUAGAUCAUUGUAAUUACCGCAAAAAUUCACUGUUAAUGUAAAGCCAAUGGCAUCUCAGCUGCCAGAAUACUGUCAAGUUUCAGAGACAGGCAAGAUCUGCUAUUGAAAUUUCUUUAAGAGUACUCAGAUGAAUAUAUGUAUGUUUUCUUUUCA